AUGGUUGACACGGCACCACCACCGGCGUCAGCCGCGUUCAACAAUUCGACCAACUCUGGCCUUCAGAUGGGCCAGAAUUAUGGCUCGAUGGAAGCAUCGUUCUACAGUGAUGCCAUUCAACAGGUUACCAUCGCUGCCGGAGCUUCCGUCUAUAUGGGCGAGAAGAAGACGGUCGAAGAGAAAUUGCUCGACGCACUAGUUGCAGGCGACUCCGGGGACCGACAUGACAUCGCUCGCGCGUUUCCCGGGACCUGUGAAUGGAUUUUCGAAUGUACAGCCUUUCGGAGCUGGAUCCAAACCGAUCCGCCAACAACUACUCCGCUGUACAUUCGAGGGAUCCCCGGCAGUGGGAAGACUGUACUACUGAAAUAUUUCACAAGAGCUAUCCAAUCCAGCCUGCGCUCAAGCACCAGCCCCCAAUCGCCUUCCUUGACUGAGGAUGUGAUCCUGAGCCCAGAGGUUGGAACACCUGGGAAGACGAUCGCGGUGGCUUGUUUUUGCGAUGAUAAAAACGAGCACCGCAAGGCUCCCAUCUGGGUUCUCAGAACCUUGCUUUACAAGCUGCUACAGCAGAACCGCGGUCUUAUCAAAUAUGCACUGCAGCACGUGCAAAAUCUUGAAGACUUGCAGGGGUCAUCCAACGGCAGCACGAUUGACGUGGACGAGUUCCACUCACGCGAUGUACUGCUUCGAAUCAUCGAGGAUAUCGUGGCUGAUCCUAGUCUGGAAGUGUUGUAUUUUGUCAUCGACGGACUAGAUCAAUGCGGGCAUUUCAUCGCUCCUAUCCUCCGGAUUGUUGAUGAUUUGUCCACCAGAAUCAGUAAGAAGGCAAACGACCUGGGCCGUAAGUUCACAUUCCGGUGCAUCAUCUCGGACCGAGGCAGUGCCAUUGUCUCCGACAAAAUGCUUCCCGAGUUCACGGUGCACAUGCCCGAGGGGAACCAGGAGGACAUCAGGCAAGUCGCCGAGCGAAGGGUUCGUCGCAUCCAGGAAUAUCGCAAGUUCCCGGACACACUUCGCGAAGAUAUCACGGGCCAACUUAAGGAAAGCUCCAAGGGCAUGUUCAUGUGGUUGUCGCUGGUUCUUGAUGACCUGUCUACCUGGGAGGGUGUCUGGACCGAGGCCCGGGUCAAGGAAAGGCUGCACAACAUCCCGUCCGAUGUCGAGGCCUUCUACAGCGCAUUCUUGGAGCGACAGUCGCGGGACGUGGUCGGUCGGUUGCGCACACUGCUCAUGUGGAUCUAUUUCGCCUGUCGUCCAUUGACUCUGCGGGAGUUGGAUGUGAUUCUCACGCUCCAGGAAGGGAAGGAGUAUACGGGCGCAAGCGCAAGCGAGGAGGAUCUGCAGGCGUUGCGGCAGAAUAUCGAGAACAGCUGGGGCACUCUUUUCGCAGUCCGGAGUGGCGCUGUCUAUCUGAGUCAUCAGUCUGUCAAGGACUUUUUGACCCAUGUUUUCAGCGAGGAAGGGGCCAAAGACUAUCCCCGAUUCGGGAUGAGCAAGUCCGAUGCCCAUCGGCAGAUGGCUUCGGUCUGUUUGGCAUAUCUGCAAUUCGAGGAGAUUCAGCGCCACGAUGUCCCCAAGCCACCGGUGAACAAAGACUGGAAGAUCGACGAAGUCGAGCUUACCAAGACUAGACAGGAAUACCUCGCGGGGUAUCCUUUCCUCCAGUAUUCCAUCGAAUUCCUUGGAGAUCAUCUCCGCGAAAGCCAGAUUCGGGAAGAAAGUGACGUGGUUGGCAUGAAGCGAUUCUUCGAGGCAGAAUCAGUGUCCUUGCAAAAUUGGUUGAAGGCCUAUGAUCUUCUGAAGCGAUGGACGCAUGGAAAGUACUCCGGCUUCUCCACUAGCACCAGCUUGCUCUUCGUGUCCGCUCGGCUCAACCUCCCGUGGCUGGCCGAUCGCGCCACAUCCUGGAAUAUGUCCAUCUUCUCGCUGCCAUCGGCCGUCGCGGCGCCCGACACCUCAGGCUGGAGUGCGAUCCACAUUGCGGCGGACUCCGAGGCGGUCGAGAUGGUCACUUGGCUGCUGCAAAAUGGGGCCAUCGUCGAUGCGACGACCAUCGGGCUCCUUCACCCCGGUCGCACAGCCCUGCACUUCGCCGCCGCCGAACGCUCCGAUGCGGGCCCCAAGAUGGUCAAGGAACUGCUCAAAGCCGGCGCCCGACCCAACAUCUUCACACGAAGCGGCGGCAACACCGCGCUGCAUUAUGCCAUCGACGGCCGCUCCGUCGAAACGGUGACCACGCUCCUGGCCCACUCCGCCGACCCCAACGUCACCAACAGCAGCGGCAUCACCCCUCUUCACAAAGCGGCAGGGGUCCCUGGGCUAGAAGCCCUCGUCGAAGCCCUCCUCAAGGGCGGCGCAGACUCCAACCGCAAGACCACCGUCGGCAUGGGCCUGGCCGCCAAGGGUCUCGCGGCGUGGAAGGCGUCCAAGACGCUCAUCGACACCUACCAUGCCAUCAACACAGCGCAGACCGCUCUCCACAUCGCUGCGAAGGUCAAGGACGCGGAAAGGACCGUCGACGCACUGCUCGCCCACGGCGCUGACGUGAAUACCCGCGACAGCGUCGGCCAGACGCCGCUCCAUGUCGCCGUUGUCGGCAUGGACAGUGAGGUCAUGGCGAAGCGGCUCAUUGAUCACGGGGCGGACGUCGACGCCAAGGAUGAGGAGCACCGCACGCCCCUGCUCCUGUUCUUGCAGACCGCCGGGGCGAUCGCCCAUGAGCUGCGCGCCCAGGGCCAAGCGGAGCUCCUUGCCGAUCUAGAUGGGCAAGCCUCGUGGGAGCGGACGGUGGAGCUGCUGCUCGACGCUGGGGCGGAUCCAUCGACGGAGGGGAAGAACAAGGUGACGCCGCUCAUGUUCGCGAAGAUGGCUUCGAUGGGCUGGGCGGUGGAGAUCAUCGAGCGGCGGCAGAAGAGUGAGGAGAAGGAGCCAGGCGUUGAGACGAAGGAGACUCCGGAGUCGGAGGCUGUUGCUGAGCCGCAGGCGGAGCAAGAGAAGAAGGGAUUUCUACAGAGUCAGGCAAGUCGGUUUGUGCCGAAGAAGUUCAAGUGGUAG